AUGGCCGCCAGGCCUGAAGGCGGGACUCCAACCGCCGCCCCGCUCCUGGGAGCACGCCUAGCCAGGCUUCAGCCCCUCACAGCGGCGCGGCGCAACGUCCGGAUCCCAACGCCCCCCGCUCCGUCCAAUCAGAAGGCGGCAGUCGUGACCUUUCCCCCCGGAAGUUGUUCCGCGCGCAGGCGUGGUGGCGGUGCGGAGGAAAGGCGGCCGUUGCUGGCUGGUGUUGUGGGGUUGGCCGCGCUCGCGCCGAGGAUGGCGGUGUCGGUGGAGCAGGCGAAGCUGGAGGACGAGUUUAGCGAGCCGGAGCUCUUUGAAAUCCUUCUCCCGGUCACCGUGUUUGUGUUGAGCGAUGAGGAGUUCCUGCAGGCCCAGGAGCAGGUGGCGAUGGUUCCAGAGCUGAGGGAGGAGCAGCAGGAGGCUGCUGGGAGUUGCUGUGUGUCGGAAAGCUGCCUGAGGCCAUCAAGUGGUAGUAAGGGUUUAAAUAUUUGGGAGGAACUGAAUGGGACCAUAAAUCAGAACGGCAGUGUGGAGUGCUCUGAAGAAGAACGGAUCCCUGAGAGCGUGUGUAACAAUUCAGAGUUAUCUAUAAGCAGUGGGAUAAGCAAGGAUGCACAAAGUCACAGCGCUGCUUUGCUGACGUCGCCAUGUCAAACUGAGCUGGCAAAGAUAAGUGAAGUGAAUGGCAGGAAAGUGUGUAAUGAUAAUGAUGCCAUUCCAAAGAUUCCUCUCCUCUCUGCUGCUGACAGUGAGGGUAGAGAUGAGACCACCGACAGCUGUGGCCAGCUGGUGUUACCAGAAACAUGCAGAGAUGAAGAACUUGCCUGUGUUCUGGGUGUUCUUUGUGAUGAAAGCCAAGAGAAGCAACCUCAAGUACACGAGGAGAUUGGGACAGCCCUUGAAGUGGAAGAUACUACAGAAAGCACAGGGAAGAGUACUUGCCUUUUAGACAAAGUAGAUAGCAGAAUGUCUCCUGAGGAAUGGCAUUGCAGCACACUUCAAUGCUUUGACAGGAAUUCUGGUGUAAACCUAUUCCAUGAAAACAUGGUGUUGUUCUGUUCAAUUCAGAGCUUUGAGAGAAAAAGCACAGCGGAAAGAAAGAGACUCCAAGUAGAACUUCUCUUAAAACAAUGAUGCCGAUUCUUUGAGGAAUGGAAAUAAUGAAGCUAACAGCAAAACAAAGAAGGGAAGCAAAUCUGAGGAUGAAACUCUGAGUUGUGUUUUGCAGCAUGGUUUGAAAGAAGAACCAG